AUGUCUUUACAGCGUUCUGCGACGCGCAAGGCCGGCUCAGUCCCGGCGAAGCGGAAGAAGGACUACGACAUUGUUCAGCAGGGAAUCAAGGAACUUUACCCCUCUGACAAGCCCAAUGUCGUCCCAGAUAUCGACAUCGUACUCGUGCCGGGCCUUGGCGGCCACCCAGAGAGAAGCUGGAUGUCUGAGAGUACCAAAUUCAACUGGACUACGGAUGCCUUGGUCAGAGAUUUCCCGAGAGCACGAAUACUGCUGUAUGAGUACGAAUCUGCCUGGAGGGGUUCCUUGAAAAUAAAGCAGUUCAUGAGCAACAUUGCCAUGACCCUACUGGUUGGCCUCAAGAGCAAGCGCGAGGGCUGCUCGAGACGACCUAUCGUCUUCAUUGGACAUAGCAUGGGCGGUCUUGUGGUCGCAAAGGCCAUCACUAUCGCCGACUCACGACGCGACAAAUUCCCCAUCAUGUUCGAGGCAAUUGCCGCGUCCAUCUUUUUCGGGACGCCCUUUAAUGGAGCUCCCGUCGCGUCAGUGGCGGCCAUGUAUGCCCAAUUUGCCGAGAAGAUCGGUGCAGCGACCGCGUCCAAGCUGCUGGACCUGAUGAAGCCUGGUGACGAGGCGCUUCGAGAACUGAAGCAUGAGUUCAUGCGCCUUGUGGGAAAGCUGAACCCGAAAAUCGACUGCUUGUGCUUUUACGAAGAACAACCGACUGACUUUUCGAAGAUGGCGGGUUUGCCUGGUCUCUUCGGGCUGUCAAAGCUUGCGAUACCCAGCAAAUACGCUGAAUUCGUGAGUCGUGAUUCCGCGACUCUUCCGGGCGUUGAGGAGUGCGGACUUGCUUGCAAUCACCGGGAUCUGGUCAAGUUCGAUGGGCCCAAAGACAACAGAUGGAGUCAGCUGGUUCGCGACCCGUUGAAGAGCGUGAUUCAUGGAGCCCACCUCGCGGUGAAAAACAGGUUGAACUCGGUGCGCGAUAUUGAUCGGACAAUGGUCAGCGGUAUCAUGGAUGCUUUGGAAGGAGUGCAGCUUCAAAAGAAACGCAAGAUACUAGCACAGACGUUCGCCCAAUCUUCAUGGAUCACAAAGGAAGCCGAGUAUACUCAAUGGCUUGUCCACCCGGGGGGUGACCCAGCACAGGCAGCCGCCCCCAGAGGGGAAUGUUUGUGGAUUAGGGGCCCCGAAGGUAGAGGCAAGACCAGCGCAUCAAUGGCCGCGAUUGACGAGGUAGAGACGCUGAUCCGAAUCAACGACGAGGAGAACACAGGCCAGGACCCUAUCCUCCUCGUCUACUUCUUUUGCGACUCAACGGCUGCCGAUUGUUCCACAGCCGAAGACUUACUGAAGAGCCUUGUAAGGCAGCUCAUCAGUCAACAGGAGACCUUGGCUCCGUAUGCGAAGUCCUUUGCCAAGAAAAAGACCAAGGAAGAAGGAAGCAAGUCACAGGCCCAGGUGACCGUCGAGAAUUUAUGGCAGUCACUCCAAGACAUGCUCACGGACGAGUUCAUCGGCAGUAAGGUAUUCUUCGUCCUGAAUAAUCUCCACGCGCUUCCCGAGGACUCCGACUCCACCAUCAAGCUGAUGAAUUACAUCAACGCCGAGCUUCAGACCAUCAACAGCAUGGACACGAAGCGCGUUCCUACAAGGUGGUUCAUCACCAGUAGGGAGGCACAUAAUCUCGAUCAAGCGCUGAAGGUUGAUGGUGUUCGACUCAUCGACCUCGAGGACGAGAAGUACGGCGACCAAGUGCAGAUGUCCCUCAGAAAGCAUGCGAAGGACAAGGUUUCUACGCUGGAACAGGCGAAGAAGUACAACAAAGCACUUGCUUAUUUCGCGAGCAGCCUUAUUGGCAAGAGAGCGCAGAACACGCAGUGGAUCGACAUCACCUGCGUACAACUUGAAGAGCUCCCCCAAGCCGAGAGCGACCUCAAGGUACGCCGUGUGCUCGAGACUAUGCCGCAGGACCUGCAAACGCUGCUCAACAAUGCGUGGCUUCAAGUGUUUCAGUCGAGUGGAAAGGAGGCGGAGAAGAUCAAGGAGAUGUUGCGAGCUCUUGUCAUCACGUAUGAGGACCCCACGGAGGCAGUACUUGGGGUGCUUGCUGGACUUUGCUCCAGCGAGGAAGAAAAGGCCGAGUUACACGGCUUGAUCGAGAAGUGCAAGCCACUAAUUACCAUCAAGAGAGAUGGCACGGUUUGCUUCAUGAACAUAGUUGUCAAGACGCAUCUUCUCGAAAACUCCAAGCAGCUGCUUGGCUUGUCGACCGAGGAGAUCAAGUGGCAACAUGGCAUCCUCGCGCUUCGCUCGUUCACUCACAUCAAGGAGAAAUUCGAUUUUGAGCCAGAGGCGAAGCCUGAAGUGAACCCCGACGGCGACGCAAAUGAGGUCGCGUCUGACCACGGAGGAGAGGCAGACGAUGGGGACAGCAACAACGACGAAGAGAGUGACGAAGAAGAAGAGGAUAGUGACGACGAGCAGGAUUCAGAUUCAGAUUCAGACGAUGAUGACGACGCGUCCGAAAGUGAGGAGUCGGAGGACGACCCGGACCCCGAAGCCGACAUAUUAGAGGAUCGCGCGAUGCCUUACGCGGUGAAGUACUGGCUUCGUCAUGCAAGCAAAGCUACAAGGGAAAUUGCCGAAGACUUGAGCCUAGAACGAGACUUCUGGAUGCCGGGUUCGCGUAUACGGCAUCGAUGGCUUGUUGAAUAUUGUCGUAUGACCAGCACGUUUGACGACUUCGACUACAAGUCUCUCACAGGCUUGCACAUAGCUGCUUCCAUUGGCUUCCGACGACUAGUAGCAGCGCUGAUCCGGAACGGCUACGAAGACGAGAUCAAGACACGGGAUUCGCUGAUAAACACGCCGCUUCAUUUUGCGGCAUUUUUCGGUCGUCCAAAGAUCGUCGAGGAGCUUCUCAACAAGGGCGCGGUCAUUGAUGAUGGGGAUGACAUAGGCGAACAAACACCCCUCCACAUGGCCGCAUUUGGGGGUCAUGUUGAAGUCAUGAAGAAAUUACUGCUAAGGGGAGCCAAUCCCAACGCGACGACGAGCGACAUCGGGCCUGUGGUGAACGCGGCUAUUUCCUCUGGUAAUCGUGCCGCUGUCGAAUUGCUUGUCGAGAAAGGCGUUUCACUGAUGAUAGUGGAUCGGCCUGACCUCGACGCGCCUCUGGCUCUGGCCGCAUUACUCUCUGACGUCUCCAUGUUCGAGUAUCUCAUACAGAAGUAUGCAGACAAGCUGCCUGCUACGGAAUAUAGCAAGGCCCUUGUCAAGUCCGCCGAGGCAGGCAGGAUCGAGGUCUUCAACAAGCUGCUCGAGUUCCAGCACAGCCAAGAGUACUUCCAAGAAGCGCUCGACGCAGCGGUCGGCGAAUGGAACUGGGAUAUCGUCACAGUCCUACUCGAAAGGCGACCUGGACUCGAUUGCAAUAACCUUUUCUACGAAGCAGCUACAGGUACGGAGCCGCAAGACAAGAUACUUGAAGUGGUCUGGCAGUACACAAACGGGUCGAUCUCGCCAGAGACCCUGAACAAAUCACUCUAUGACGCCACAGAUAGGGAGAAGGAGUCGACGGUGAAGUUACUCCUGGAGAAGUUUGGGGCCAAUCCGAAUGCUACCGGAGAUGACUAUGGCAAUGCAUUGACAGCCGCUGCUUACGAUGGCACCAUGGAGAUCAUCGACUUGCUACUGAACGCCGGUGCGGACGUGAACGCCCCUGAAGGCUGGGCGAUCCAAAGCGCUGCAGCGGAGGGCCAUCAUGAGGUCGUCGAGAAACUGCUCGAAAAAGGUGCUAACGUCAAUGCAUUCACUACGAAUGAGAAUUUCGAAGCCGGGACAGCCCUCCAAGGUGCUUGCGAGGCUGGCAAGGCCGACAUCGUCUCGCUUUUACUUGAACACAACGCGAAUCCCAAUCUCGGCGGAGGUACAGACUCGCCACCCAUCAUCGCAGCCGCGAUGCGUGCAGAAGAAGAGAUCCUCGCCAUGCUCGUCAAGGCCAAGGCCGAUCUGGACGUGUUUGGCGGCUAUGACAUGUCGUCGCCCCUCAUCAACGCCGCAGCCUACAUGCCGCGAGAAUCGCUCCAGAUACUGCUUGACGCCGGGGCUAACAUCAACCUGCCGGACAGAGACGGCGACACGGCCCUCAUUGUUGCUUCGAGACGAGGCGACGAGGAGGCUGUCACGUUCCUGCUCGAUAGCGGUGCCGACAUCAUGCAUGCGAGCAAGGAAAACGAAAAUGCUUUACAUGCGGCGCUGGAGAACGAAAACGAGGAUUGCAUGAGGGUGCUCGUGGACCGCGUCACGGUGCUGUUCGGCGCUCUGAAGACGGCUAUGGACUCAGGCAAUACGGCAGCCAUUAGCAUUGUGCGUAGUGUGGCGAGCAGCAAGCAAGGCCUCAGUUAUGACGAGGAGCCUCCCACUGCCGAUGCUAGAGGGUCAAAGCAAGCAUCUGAGCACGGAGGUGACACUGAUGGUGAUGAUGGUGGCGAUGAUGAUGAUGAUGAUGAGGAGGAGGAGGAGGGUGGUGAUGGUGGUGAUGAAGACGAGGGUAGCCAGCAGGACGACGACACGCCUUCGACACAUCCUGGGGAAGCCGAGGAGACCGAUGGCAACCACGACAAAGGCGAAGCUGAAAACCAGAGCGCCUUUGAGGAGCAGCAGGUCUUCAACGUCCCAGACACCACAAGCGAUCUGCCGGAAGAUCUGAGAGCCGCGAUAGGAACGCAAGUCUCGCUACUCACCCAAUUUUCGCCCAGAAACACAGAGGAGCAAGCAGCCGCUCCUGAUGCCGUCCCAGAGCAGCCCAGUUACCAUCGUCAGUCAGAUUGGCAGAUAGAACCAGAGCAUAACCAGUACGCCGCAUCCCAGCAACGGUCCCAGGAGCCGACCACGAACCAGAGCCAACCAGUCCAGCAAGCUCAAGUGCCAGCUGAACUGCCUGGACAAGCACCUAUCAAGAGGAAACCAGCUCCAAGAGCCUCCUAUGACGGCCAAUCCUCACUCUACACCCAGACGCCGUCGCCUCAGCCGUUGAACGUCGGAUACAAACCACCACCGAUAGCUCCCUACCGGCCUAGUCGAGACAACAGCUCCUUCCAAGGCGCCCAGACGUCCCAGCCAACACCAGCGUAUCCGAGUCCUCAACAACAACAGCCCACACCUCCGCCAGCGUCGACCGCGGCCUACCAGAACAUACAAGCAUACCAACCGAGCCAGUCGUCCCAGGCCGCGCCGGCCGCCGCGUAUCAGGCCCCGAGCCCGUACCAAGGGGCCUCAAUGUACGACGGCUCGCACUACGGCGACGCGAGCGGGUCGUCGUCCCAACAAACUUACGCAGCCUACCACCCCGAUCCGUAUGGCAGCAACAACAGUACCACCCAGCAACAGCAAGUCUACAAUUCCGACGGCGCCGUCCAGGCCUACCAGCCCCAGCUGUACCACGAGCAGUCGGCCCAGACGCAGGCGCAACAGUACCAGGGGUACUACGGCGGUAGCCCGAACCUGAGUGCCGACACUUAUAAUAACACCACUACCCAACAGCAGCAUCAGCAGCACCAGCAGUACGACGAGAUCAUGUACGCGCAAGGCGGAGCGGACUGGGACGACGCGUCGCGCCCGCAGCUGAAGCAGCAACGGUCGUCGUUCCUGGUCGGCGGGAUGAAGAACACUUUUGAUAAGGCGAAGCUCAUGGGCAAUGGCAUGUUUGCUCGGAAGCCUUAG